GGACGGUAGGGGGCAGUGAUGAGCUCCUGGGACUACGCGGCGGAAAUACAUUAGAAGAAGAAAGUGGGAGGCGAAUGUAUGACGGAAAUUCACAUAAAGAAACGAAACAGCUGUAUGAUUUUAGCAAACAGUGAGGUUGUGACCCAGGAUGGUUUGCAGUGAAGUGGAGUGGCUUCAAAGACAAGUUCAGCUUCUCUGCUUGGGAUCAGAUUAACAUGAUGCAGCACAGACCGCGUUGCAUGGUUAAAUAGGUUGCCAAGUCAUGAUGCUCUGACACCAUCAAACUGUUAACAGACAUGCCACAGCGCCUUGUAGCACCAGCUGACCAAGUGAGCUUCUCCUUUGUAACCAUACAAUCUGGCCUUCACAACAGACCACUACAGGUGUGAAAGCUCAGCCACAUCACUUUUAUACUAUCAGAAAACAUUUCAUCCUACCAGACACAUUCUCAAAUCAAGCCCCCCCCUUCAUCUAGAGAAUGGUAGAUAACCGCUAUGCCACAGCCCUGGUCAUUGGCUCGGUGCUGAGCCUCCUGGCCACUGUGUACCUCUCUGUGGCAGUGGGAACACAACACUGGUAUCAGUACCGCAGUCUGCCAGUCAAACAUGAGUCAAGCAAUGCCUCGGAGCUGCGUGAAGAGUUCAUCAGCGGAGAGUUUGAUGAGAAGACUUACAGCGACACGAUGUUUCGUUUGAAUGGCACCUUGGGACUGUGGUGGAGGUGUAUCCUGGUGCCAGGACAGUCAUACUGGUUCAAAGAGCCAGAUCCAAAGAUGGAGACCCAGUGUGUCAGUUUCACUCUUCCUCAGCAGUUUGUUCCAAAGUUCAAUGACCCGGGGAAUCAUAACAGCGGAGAAGAUCUGCUGAGGACAUACUUGUGGAGGUGCCAGUUUCUCCUGCCCCUUGUAUCACUGGCUUUGGUUUUCCUCAGCGGCCUCAUUGGUGUUUGUGCCUGCCUGUGCCGUAGCUUCACCCCCACUUUGGGGGUUGGAGUACUUCAUCUACUUGCAGGUCUUUGCUCUCUGGGCACUGUAUGCUGUUUCCUGGCGGGGAUAGACCUGCUCCACCGCAACUCUGCACCACCAGACGGGGUGGAGAGCUCACUGGGCUGGUCCCUCUAUCUUGCCCUCAUCUCCUCCCCACUGCAAAUGAUGGCAGCAGCUUUGUUCCUUUGGGCAGCCAGAAGUCACCGCAAGAACUACACUCGCAUGGCUGCAUACAGGGUAGCCUAAAAGAGACACUAUCCUCUGAACAACAUACCUAAAAACUGCCUAAUCUGAAGACUGUGUUACAUAAAGGUUUGCUGACUACACGGUUUAAAUUUAAUGAAGUGGUAAGACUCUGUAAGACUUACUGAAUUUUUCAUCUCCACCAUAGUAAUGUUUUGAAAUUGUUUCCAAAACGGUUCCUCAGUACCACGGAUCAUUCAGACCUUAAGGCCAAACUAACACAGCAGUUUGCAGCUAAUGACCAUGAGUGCUGUUAAACAGGAGUUGGGGGGGUAUUACACAAAAUUUUGCAGCAGAUAUCCCCUGACUUUUUUUUUUUAACCCCAGUUACCUCUGUCUUACCCAAUAUGUAUAUAUAUAUUUUAAAAAUAUAUUUUCAAGGGCCCUCUCCAGUGACGUCAUGCCUCAUUUAUUUUCAGAACGGCUCCUGAAAUAGUUAAUCCCAGAGAGUGAUGUAUUAUCAGAGACGGUGCGGAGGCGAGACAUUGCACUCACUAGCAAAUGCACUGUUAACUCUGGAAAAAAACAACAAAAAAAAAAACAAGUAGGCCUCAAAAUUCAAACUUAAAUAGGUUUGAUGGGCAAUUUCUCCCACCAGUAAAACCAUGGCUUGUUUUGUUUGAGCAACAUGUUUGAAAUAUAUAGGAUCCUAGCAGCAUUGAUAUGUUUACUCUUAAUAUCACUUUGUUUAUCUGUUUUAAAAUAAUUUUAACAUCUUCUGGAUUAGUCUUCAAAACCCCAGAACUUGAAUGGAUAGCACAGUACACAUAAGCUUCACAAAGCUACAACCAUAUCAAUUCUGUGUUGAAAAUGUUUUUUGCCUUUUCUGUCAACAAUGCAUGCUGUGUAUAUAAAACAGUUAUUCAGUUUGUGUAAAGAAACAAAAUUAUGCCUGUAGUAUGACCAGCUAAUGUUACCUUCAAAUUUGAGGUCUACUAUUGGUAGCAUCUAACUUUGGCAUUCUGGUAUUUUUUCCCCCUAUUUGUUAAUCCUCUAUUUUUAUGGUUCUUUCCACCAUUGAUAGUCUUACCUGUGCACCAGGUAUAACAACCACAGAGGAUUCAGGGAGAGGGAACAGAUGUAACUCAGGUCAAAAUGAUUGAGAGGCAAUGUCCUCAACAAGGCAGCGGCUGCCCACAGCAGACCUCAUGUACAAAGCUAAAGGGAGCUAUUCAUAUUGUGGGCAUAAUUAUUAUGAUAUGAACUGAAUGACAUGCAAUGUUAUAAUCAUACUCCGCACUGUUCUGAAGACAAGUAAAUACACCCCUUUCAUACAGAAAACAGUUCUGCAACACAACGUUAAAUAACUUGGCUGUUAAAAACCAUAGGGCGUAGUCUUUGGUUUACCUGGUAAAAUGGGAGUAACAGCUAAUUUCAGACAGAUUGCACAAGUUAGCCCGAACCUUAAUUAUCCUGCUGCACAUGUGAGAUUCAGUGUGACUAGCGGAGAUAAUCAUACAUCCAUCUCUGGGAUGAACUUCAUGAAGAGUUUUGAAAAUGAUUAAAGUGAUGAAGUCACUGGAGGGGGGCUAAACACUGACAGGUUAUGCAUCAUUUUAUUUCUGUUUCUGUGUCAGUGUGCAGUAUUUGAUUGCCUUUGUCUCUGUUGCCAUUGCUUCAGCCUCUCACCACAUUGUCCUUAUUCCAUUAUAGAUGAUUAAGGUAAUGGAUUGUCACAUUGGCAAAAUCUUAAAAAAAAAAGUUUGUCAGGACAGCUUGCUGUGUUAUUGCAUGAAGACGUUAUGCAGGCCUGCUGAUAAGUUGUUUUUGGGUAAUUAAUUUGUAUAGCCUUUGCGGUGCAUGCCUUUUUUUUUUUUUUUUUUUUUUUUUUUUUUAACUGACAUUUCAGUCAUCUGUAAUUCUUAACUGUGGUAUUUUUUUUUCUCGAUCUGUGGUAUGUGUUGACUAAAUCCCACUCAUUGCAGUGUAACCACUCAUUUGCAAUUGUCAACCAUAUUUAUACAUGCUAAUUUGAAUGUUAAAAAAAUGAUGCUCUAACAAGCCUGUUCUCUUUAUAUUAUAUUUAAAAUCGAGAAGAUAUUACAGACCCAGUUUUUUCUAUGUACUGCCAAUACAUAGAAAAUUUAACUCAUUUUCAUUUAGUUUUUUAAUUACAAACCGUUCAUUCUAACACAGAUAGCAGCUGGCUACAGCUGGUGUAGCCACUGGUCCACCACAGCUAAGGUUAUUUAUAGAGGUGAGCUGUGGAAACAAAUUGACAGCAUCUGACAGCUAAACAUGAUUUUUGUUAAAUGUUUACUUGCAUUGGUGAUGUUUGUGUAAGUAAAACUCAACUGUGGUCAUGAAAAUAAUACUUUGUGGAAUUCACAAAAUCUUUUUUGAUAUGCAAAGCCUCACUAAUCCAUCUCAGUACACUUAAAAUUUACACAGAUAAGUGAAUUAUGGAUUAGGGCUAUUAAGUGAGAGAUUGAAUGAAUGCCAUUGUACUUUUGCAUGAAAGUGUAACCAGUUUUCAGCACCAGUAAAGAGAUUAAAAUGUUCUUUGUUACAUGUCUACACUCAGUGACUUUUGUAGAUGUUUUUGUAUUCCAAAGUACACAGUUCAUAGCUGUUUCUGUAUUAAUAAACCUGACCUUUGCUGAC